CCUCCCGGCCCGACAUGGCUCCGCUCGCUCCGCCCGCCGCGCCCGCCCCUUCCGCCGCCGCCGCCGCUUCCGCCGGGGCCGGGGCAGAGUUGUGAGUACCUGUGACACCAAGUGUGAAACCACAAGGCAGAAUUUCAUAGUGCAGUCACUGCUGUGCUGAAGCACUAAAUUCUUCUGAAGCUACUCCUGCUGGCGCUGGAUCUGCACAUGAUUGGUGUUCACGCCGUGAGCGAGUUAGUAAUCAAGAAGCAUGAAGCAUGGUGGGAGUACUUCCUAACAGCAGAAAAGCAGGAAUCUGUGGCACAAUUGCACUUUAUUGGAAUUGUGGCAAGUUUUCUAGCACAUUUAGUCAGUGAUUAAAUUGAAGACAUGGGGCCAAUGAAAUAUAAAUCAAGUGUGUCCUCAGUGUCCUGUGGCCUGCAAUACCACCAUUCGUUGAUGAAGUGGAGUCCCAAAAUGAAUUUACAUGUAGUGAGGACUUACUGCUCCUCAGGACCCAAGAGGCCUGAAACCAAGUCUGCCAUAGAAAUGGCCAUGGGCCUCCUUCAUCGACUCACAGAAACUGGGACUGUGAUGGGAAAACAAUCCCUUCAAAAAGCAUCUGCAACAUGCAAGAAUUGGUGGGACAAAUAUGAAGAGUUUGUUGGAAUUAAUGAAGUUCGAGAGGCUCAAGGAAAAGUGACAGAGGCAGAAAAUGUCUUUAUGAUAGCUCGAGGGAUAGUACGAGAGGCUCGUGAAAAUGUAGAAGCCCAACAGAUAAAACUGAAGGAAAUUCGGGACCGCUUAGACAGGGUCUCUCGGGAUGACACCCAGUAUUUAGAACUGGCUACUCUGGAACACAGGUUGCUGCAGGAAGAGAAGAGGUACCGAGCUGCAUAUUUAAAUGCAGAAGAAUCAGAGAGAGAAAAAUUCUCUCUCUUCUCUGCAGCUGUAAGGGAAAGCCAUGAGAAAGAGCGCACAAGAGCUGAGAAAACUAAGAACUGGUCUAUUAUUGGUUCUGUGCUGGGAGCCGUUAUAGGUGUUCUUGGUUCCACCUAUGUAAAUCGAGUAAGGCUGCAAGAAUUGAAAGUCUUGGUGCUUGAAGCGCAAAAGGGCCCAAUAAAUUUACAAGAAGCAAUCAAAGAACAGGCCUCCAGCCAUUACUCACAGCAAAAGGAUCUCAGUGAUGUCAUAGAAGACCUGAAAAAAGUGCUGCAAACAACAGAAUCGAAAGGAGUAAAAGAGGGCGCUUUGUUAACUAGAGAAACCAGGAAUGACUCCAUAAAACUAGAUUCACUUUUAACUCCUUUAAACGAACAGCUAAACUACAUUAAACAAGUCAGUUCAUGUCUAGGGAGUUUACAGCAGCAGUUUAACAGUCUGCAGGAAAGUAUCACGCAGGUGCUGUCUGAGAUGCAGAGCGUUAAACUCGCGAUCCACUCUAGACCUACGGAAAGGGUGAUCCCGAGGUCUUCAGGGGAGGGCAAGGGCCAGGCUUCUGCUGUGAGAGAUGUGAUUUUGGAAUUGUGUGAUACCGAGCGGAGACUGGAAACACAAAUCAAGAGAAGUUCUAUUUACAGCACUGCACUGACGUGUGCUAUGUUUGCUAUUACUCUGCCUGUACUCUAUAUUAUACUUAAAGGGAACUGAUCCCUGAUUAAUCGCCACAAUUUACUAGAUUAAUAAAGGUGAGCUUGCACUCUAAGUAGUUAGAGUACAAGUCCAAAUAAAGCUGCC